AUGGAGUUUGACAACAAUAUGCUCACGACAUUGGUCGAAAGGUGGAGGAGAGAGACGCACACCUUCCACCUCCUCGAGGGAGAGGCGACGAUCACAUUGAAGGACAUCGCCUUGCUCACCGACUUACCAAUCAAUGGAGAAGCGAUAAUUGGGAGUUCGAAAAAACCACAAGCUGGUUGGGGGCCUUACAUACUCGCACACUUGGGCAUCGAGGUCCCCACGGUAGCAGAAGCCGACCACAAACCACCACUAGAUAAGUCAAUGUUGUCAAUUCCGUGA